AUGCGACGCUCCGAGGCGCCUCUCCAACUUUCUCUCUCCUCAAAAAGAAAAGCGAGGGAAAAUGCCGCUUUCAUUCUCCCCCUCUUUCAAUUCACUUCGCAUUCAAGCUUUCCCUCUUCCCCUGUUAUUCUCUUCACCUGUUCCCUUCUUUCUCUCUCCUCAAUCUUUAUCAUUCCCCUCUUCAUUUCUUUACUCGUCAUUUUAUCUUACUUCCUACGCUAAUAAUCUCCAUUUUAAAACCAAUCCGCCAUUGUUUGGAUAGUUUCAAUCGAUCAAUCCCCAUUUUCAAUUUUCCAAUACCCACAAAAAAUUUCCAUUCAUUUCAUUCCCCAUUUUCAAUUCCGAUAAUAAUGGGAAAUUGUUUUUCUAAGAAGAAGAGUAAAUGUCUAGCAGAAAUUGCGCCGGCGGAUGAGAUAAUUGGUCGGAAACCUUCGCCGCCGGUUGUUUAUCUACAUGGAAAUCCGACUAACUCAGCUACUUACUACCUCCGUUUCGCUCUCUGUUACAAACCAAUCUCUCUUCGUUUCAUCCCUCAGGCCGAAACGGUGGACUUUACCGUCCGUUUCGAUAGUGAUGAAUCUAUAUCGGGACCCUUCGAAACGAUCAUGAGGUAUGUGGAAUCGAAACUGCCUCACCCUGCACUGUUAAGGAGAGAGAAGAAUGAGGAUGAAACGACGGCGUAUUGGGUGCCGGUGGUGAGGAUGGUGGCGCUUCAGCACAAGAGUAUGAAAUGGCAUUUGGGGAGGGUGGUGAGGUGGGGGUUGGAUCUUUCAACACGUGGUGGAAUGAGAGCGGUUGAUCCAAGUAUAGGGACUCCAAAAAUGGAGGUUAAUAAGUUAGGGAAGAGUUAUGGAAAUUUGCUUGAGAUGUUGCUGGAGCAUGCUCAGAUGGAGGAGCGCAUUCUUUUUCCUAUUUUACAAGCUUCUGAUCCAGGAGUGUGUAGGUGUGUGAAUGAGGAACAUGGAAGGGAGCUACCUGUAAUGAAUGGAAUCAAAGAAGAUAUAAAAUCGGCAGGAGUUCUGAAUGCUGGCACUUGUAUCCAUCGGGAGGCCUUGUCUAGCCUUUCUGCUCGACUGCAGACAUUGCAGGAGAACUGCUGCCAACAUUUUGAGGAAGAAGAGAUAAAUCUGUUCCCAUUGAUGGAGGCAGCUGAUUUGACCCAGGAACAACACACAAAUUUAAUUGAACAGAGUAUCAAUGUGAUGCAAGGGACUCAUUCUUCUCACCUAUUCCCUUUUUUCAUGGAUGGCUUACUUCCUCAUCAGGCUAUGGAGUACUUGGAUUUGCUCAUCACUUGCAUUCACAAGGAAACAACACUCUCCAUGCUUCGUCUACUUGUCCAAGAUUGAUAGCACCCAUCUGCACCUGUCAUUUCAUUUUGUGAAUCAACUUGAAAGUGAAUGGGAGACCUUGAAGAUCCAGAUUAGCUAUUUUCACCAUUAAAAUGUCUUUGUUAAUGUAAAUACAUAUAGUAUAUACUAUAUACUAUAUAGUAUAUAGAAACAUCAACAGCAGCAACAGCCUUUGAUAGUAAUCUUCUGUCACUUAAAUUGGAUUCUAAAGUUUUACUCGUACAUUGUCUUGUCAUACAGGAUUGUAAACUUCUCAACAAUUCUACGGUUUCUACUUUCAGAUUUCAA